CCGCCCUCGCGCUGGGGAGGAGUCCCGGAGCCGAGCGGGAGCAGAAGCGCCUUUCACACCCUCCUCGCCCUCCCCACCGACAUCAUGCUCCAGUUCCUGCUUGGAUUUACUCUGGGCAACGUGGUUGGAAUGUACUUGGCUCAGAACUAUGACAUGCCAAACCUGGCUAAAAAACUUGAAGAGAUUAAAAAGGACCUGGAAGCCAAGAAGAAGCCCCCUAGUUCCUGACACUGCAUUCUGGACCCACCAAUUCCGUCCUGGGAGAGGGGCCUGCCUCCUUCAUAGCCACAUCCAAAGCUGUGUUCCUCUUUGGUCUCAGACCCUGCGUGUUGCUUCACAUCCAGUAUGGGCCAGAAGUCGAGUUAGCUUCAUGUUGCCAGCAUCUCCCCUCCUCCCGUAUCUUCUGUCCAGCUGUUUCUGAGUUCAAAGACUGGAACUCUGGUGCUAGGUUAGCAAACACAACCGUAACUAGUGCUCACCUGUGACUUGGGAGUCCCACCACCUGUUGUCAAGGAACGGACGGAUCUGGACAGCUGCUGUGGAUUCACUGUCCAGCAGUGAUAGCAGGAGCUUGCUAGACAAACUAAAUUUUGUUAAAGUAAUUAAAAUCAGUAUCUUUGAGCCAGUUUCUGGUGAAUUAAUGCAUUUAUUAUAUAUUGUCAUCAAGGAGCUCCAUGAUUGAUAAUUUAACCAAUAAAUCAUUUUCUGGUCAUUAACCAAGAAACUAUUUUAUGAAUUCUGUAAAAAAAAAAAAAUUGGGAAAAUUUAAAACAUGCAAAGUAACUGUUGUCUGAGUACAGUUCAGUCUAUUUGGUAUGUGUUUUUUCUUAAUGAUAUAUUUGAACUGAGUCUGCUGUCAAAAGAACAAUUCUUUAUGUUUUCACUUGACAGGAUGGGCAGAUAAGUGAGAAGCUGUUGAUAGAAUGGUACUUUUUUUAACAUUAAAAUUUGUACUAACUGUAUAACUUUAUAGUGAUUCCCACACUAAUCACAAAUAUGUGAUAAAAAGCAUCUCUUGAGGGAGAUUCUGCAUCUCUCCACAGUUGAAGCAUCUUCCCCUGAGUCAGGAUGGAUCAUCAAAACAUCAUCAUCUUUAUUUUUUUAAAGAGUCUCCCAGUGUUACCCAAGGGUGGUCUUGAGCUUGGGCUGAAGCAAUCCUCCUGCCUUAGCUUCCUGGUACUGGAACUACAGGUGUGCACCAUGGUGUCCAGCCUAUCUGUAAUGUUUUUAAUUAAAAAGUAUUUUUAAAGUUAGCUAUUCUCACAGGAGAUGACAGGAAAGUGAUAUCACAUGAAGGUUCUUUCUAGCCUCUGUCUUGUUCCCAGGUACAAUUCCUCAGGCAAUCUCUGGUAUCAAGUUUCUGUGUGCCUUUGAGAAAGAAUGUCUAACCACACGAGUUUUUGUUUUUUUGUUACACAUAUACAUACAUAUAUAUACAUACAUGCAUACAUGUUUAUAUGUGUUUGUAUGUGUGUGUACCUAUGCUUUUUGUCUCUUCCUUUCAUUUUUGUUUUUACACAGUGUCAUGAAGCCCAUGCUUUAUAGUCAAUGAUAACCUUGAACUUCUGAUCCUCCUGCCUCUGCCUCUCAGGUGCAGGGAUCACAGGUGUGCACUGCCAUACCCAGCUGCUCUUUUUAAAGCUUUCUUUUUCUUUUUCUUUCAUUUGCUUUCUUUUUGAGACAGAGCCUCACUAUGUAGCCCUGGCUAGCCUGGAAUUCAUUAUGUAGACCAGGCUGGCUUCAUACAGAGAACCAUCUGCCCUUGGCUUCCUGAAUGCUGGGAUUGAAGGUGACUCCAUCAUGCUUGGCUGGCACUUUUAUUCUCAAUGGAGAACCUUUCCUGUCAGUACACUAACCUUACCUCUUUGUUAACUAUGUACAAUUCCAUUGAAUGGUUGUUUCAUAACUGAAUGUGCUACUGAUGAGUGUUAGGUUGUUCUUUUGCUGGUGUGGUGCCAGCGCUGAACCUGCUGUCCCUCUCCUAGAGGAGAGCUGUAAGGUAACAACUCUCACAGUCUAGUUUGCUGAGACAUGGUAUCUUGUUUCAGAGGGCUGGUUGGGUAGCUGACAAUGCCUUUUUAAAGCUAUCUUAGCAGCAGACCACAGGUUGCAAGGAUUAGUUAGAGACACCCGUUUUCAGGAAGUGAUGACAAUGAUCCCAUAUGAGAGUCAGAACCUAGCGUUGCUACUUAGAGAUACAUUCUGUCCCUGUAAAGGUCCUCCCUUUACGUGAGACAGAAGUUAGCUUCUCCCUAGCCGUGGCGAGUGGGCAAGUGGUGUGUUCUUCUGAGACUCUUUGGAACACCCGCCUCAUGAGGGUUUCCUGAGAAAUGGUGAGAUGAUGUUGUGUGCUCUGUUAGACUGCUUUGUAAACUGUCCAAUAAAUAGUAGGUACCAGCUGGGAAAGACUGUCUACCACACUUCUUUCCUAUUUCCGCAGUCACUUUGGAACCGAUGCAUGUACAGCGUGGUGGUAUAGUCUGUGGUUGGCCUCUUGGAUAUGAGUGAAAAUACACAGUCUGCAAUACACAGUCUGCGGUAUCUAUGGUCAUACCACCCGGCUCACAAGACUUGAUUGUGGAUGACUGGGUCAUUAGCAGAAUGAACGACAGCCUCAAAGAAGAAAGAUGUGUCACCCUCGAGGAUACUCAGAAUGCCGAAUAGUGGCUUUAUUAGCAAGCCGUUUGCAAAAAAGAACCAUCAUGACAGCAUUGUUGUAUGUGUGGCUGCCUUGGAGAUGGUGGGCCUUUAGAUACUAGGAGAUUAGGUCUUUAUGCAAUAAAGAUUUAUUUUUCUUUA